AUGGAAAAGCAAAAAAAAAGUAAUGAAUUUAAACCAAGUUUAAGACCUAAAAGCCCUACAAUUAAAUCAGCUUUACUGGAUUGUGAUGCACCAUCUAUUCCAAAMCCUCGUGGCUUAAAUCCAAUAAUAAAGGAAAAUCAAGAAACAGAAGUUCUAACAGUAUCAACGACAACUGAUCAUCCAUCAAAAAAAUUAAAACAUUUGAAUUUAUUUACUAAUUUACAAUCAACACCAAAUACUCGACAUUUUAACAAACAAGAAAUGGAUUCAAGAAUAAUAAUGAAUCUCAGUCCAAUAAUGUCUACAUCAUCUUUAAAAACAAACUUAUAUAAUCAUAAAGAUAUUCAUCAACAUAAACCACGUGUAGAAAUUGAUUUUUCAUUGAAUCCAUUGAAAUACCGCAAUUCAUCAAAUCUUUGUAAAAACCGUGAAUUAAACAAAUGGAAAACAAACAAAUCUUCAAUUGAAUUAGCUCAUAAAAUUAAAAAUGUUGUUUCUCCAAUUGUACCAAACAAUACAAGUAAAUCAAAUGAAGAUAAUGUAAAUGAAAAAGCUAAAAGGUGCUUAUUUGAAAAAGAAAAGACAAAUAGUAUUUCUAAUUUAGAAGCAGAUCAAGAUUCGCUUAACAUUUCUUUGGAUAUAUUAGAACAAGUGUGUCAAAUGUCAGAAAUUAUGGAUGAUAGUUUAUCAUCUGAAGAAAUAAAAAUAAAAGUUGAUACUGAUAAAAAAAAAAAAUUAGCUUCRUUUCUUUAUGGCAAUAGUACCAUUAAGCUUGAUGAUACAGAGGAAGAAAACAAAUUAUUACAAAUGGCAUUAAGUAUGGAAGAUAAUAUUUUGACUGAAUCCAGAUCAAUGAAUAAAUUAUAUUUUGAAGGACAAUUUACCUCUCUUAAUCAACUAAAAAACAAGGAAACUAAUUUAUCUGAAUAUGACAGUGAACAAUCUAAAAGUAAUAAACUGAAUACAUGUAUAAGUGAUUUCAAAUGUAACAUUUUAGAUCCUGAAGAAAUAAAUCCGAUUGGAAAUACACAGAUGUGUGAAAUAGCUGAUAUAACAGAACCAUUAGAAUCAUUUGAUGAUCAGUGGUCACAACAGUAUACUAGUAAUGUAUCUAACUUGAGCAAUAAAACAAAAGAAAAUAAUUUUAAUAAAAGUGUUGAUACAAUGAUAUGCACACCAACAGAUUUUAUUGAUCAUAAAGUGAAUAUCAAAAAAAGUAACUCAUUAGAUAAUUCAAAUGAAAGAUUAAAAACAUCUCAAUUAACUAACUGUAUUAAUUUAUUAAUUUAG